AUGGCUGACAAAGAAAUUGCAAAGGAGGAAGUGAAAGAAGUAGUUGCGACCGACAAAAAGGCUGCAGAAGAGGCGAAAAAGGUCAAGAAAGAGAAAGUCGAGAAGAAACCGCGCAAAUCGACUGAUAAGAAGACAAAGAAGGUUGACGAGGAAGGAAAGAAGAACACUUUGUCAAAGAAGGCGGGCCUCCAAUUUCCAGUUGCGAGAAUUCAUGCGGCAUUGAAGAAAGGAAGAUAUGGAGAACAUGUCAACAAAAUGGCAUCAGUUUACUUGACGGCUGUCAUUGAGUACUUGGUCGCUGAAGUUUUGGAACUUGCUGGCGGACAAGCAAAAGACUUUGGAAAGACUAGAAUCACACCAAGACAUAUCCAACUCGCAGUCAGAUCAGAUCUCGAGUUGAACGACUUGCUUAAAGACGUCACUAUCAUCAAUGGUGGUGUAUUCCCUAAUGUCCCAACUGCUGUUAACACAAAGGGAAAGAAGAAACCAGCUCAGUCCCAGGUGGUCUAA